GACGGAAAGGGGCAACAAGAGUGAGGGAGAUCGAGCGAGGGGGGGGAAGCAAGCCAGAAUCCACAGUAGUAAAGCCCAGCCUAGUCAGCCGGGCGCAUCUCAACAGUAGUCUCUCGAGAAAAUAAAAAAAAGAACACUAACUGUAUAAAUAUUCUUUUCUCGCGCAAGUGAAAAAGUGAAUGAAAAAAGAAAGUUUCUCCUUUUUGCGAAAAAAAAUAUAGUGACAUUAAUUAAUAAUCGUUUUUUUUUGUAUAAAGAAAAUUUCACUUUGGGAAUGAGCGAUGCGGAAAAAUCGACUCACUUCGUCAUGACGAGAAAUUAUUGAAGGUUGGGAUUUGGGAAAUGAUAUUAUAAUUAAGGAAACAUAGUUGAAGAAAGAAUAAAAAAAAGAGUGCGAAUGAUAGAAGAAGAAAGACCAUAUAAUAUAGAAGAGAAGUGUUGAAGAAAAGAAGAAUAAUAAUAAACGAUCGGUAAAAUUGGUGAUUCACGGGCAAGUUUCUUCGGAAAAAAGGUGAAGGGUAGAGGCUCAUAAGGGCGAGUGGGGGGAUGCAGCGCGAAGGGGUGGCGGCAUGGAGGAGCCCUCGCUGGAGGCUCUCCUGCAGGCGGGCUUCAUCUUCGUGGUCGGCGUCGCCAUCAUUCUUUCCAAUCUUCUCAUCAUCGCAACCUACCUCAACUUCCGCGGUCCCUCCGAGGUGAUAAAUUGCUACUUACUCUCACUGGCAACUGCGGACUUAUUUUGUGGACUGCUAGUUGUCCCCCUGUCCGUGUACCCUGCGCUGGUUCGAAAAUGGGUCUACGGCGACAUCGUCUGCCGAUUGGUCGGCUAUCUAGAGGUCACCAUUUGGUCGGUGUCCGUUUACACGUUCAUGUGGAUCUCUGUCGAUCGAUAUCUCGCCAUCAGGAAACCAUUGCGGUACGAAACGGUACAAACAAAAACGCGAUGCCAGUGCUGGAUGGCAUUCACGUGGAUCAGCGUUGCAAUGAUGUGCUGCCCACCUCUGCUGGGCUUCAACAAGCCACUAUUCGAUGCGGAUGCAUUCAUUUGCAUGCUCGAUUGGGGAAACAUGGCCGCAUACUCCAUCACCCUGUCUAUCCUUAUACUAGGCCCCUCGGUCAUCACCAUCGUCUACACCUACUUCUACAUUUUCUCAAUGAUGAGACGACUGAGAUCAGGUGUACCGAUACACGACAAAGAAUACGCCACUGCUCUCUCGGAAAAUCUCAGCAAUCCCAGUCACAUUAUGUCCUUCGUCCUGGUGCUGACGUUCUGGAUCGCCUGGGCGCCCUACGCCGGCCUCAGGAUAUACGCCGUUGUUAAUGGACCCCCUCAAGUGCCGUUACUGCACUUUGCCGUGGUGUGGUUCGGAGUGACAAAUAGCUUCUGGAAAGCAGUCGUUCUUGGAACCCUGAGUCCCCAAUUUCGUCUCGCAGCACGCGUCCUUUGUUUGACACUAUGCUGCCGACACAGAAGACUUCCUCCGGAACUUCUUGGUCUUGAUGACGACGACUAAA